GUAAACUUGGAUGUGGCACUUACACAAGCAUCAUAGUCCUAUUAUUGUGCUGAUUUUUGGGUCCUGGAAGUUAAACCCAACCAAUAAGACAUUGCUGACUUAUCCUAAGGAGCAAUAGACAAACAGGCUCGAUCACAACUGGAGCGACGUUUCGCGUUUACACGCUUCUUCCGGAUCCGACGGAUGAAGAUAACACCAACUAGAUAAGAUUCCUUUUAAUCUAGAAGUAGAGGAGAGUGAAGAUGUUGGUCGUACUGGCUUUUAUUAUCAUUUUCCACAUAACCUCCAUAGCAUUGCUAUUCAUCGCUACAAUAGACAAUGCAUGGUGGGUUGGAAAUGACUUUUACGUUGACAUCUGGAAGACCUGUUUGAACGCUACUACACGUGCAGUAUGUACAGAGAUUGGAAGCAGCAACAACUCUUUUCAGGCUAUUCAGACCAUUCAGGCGACUAUGAUCCUGGCUACUAUUCUAUGCUGCAUUGGACUCUUAAGCUUUGUUCUACAACUGUUUCGGCUUAAGCAAGGAGAGCGAUUCGUGUUUACUGCUAUUAUCCAGUUUCUGUCAUGUCUUUGUGUUAUGAUCGCUGCCUCGAUCUACUCUUCCAUGCAUGAAGAAUUCCAUCCGAAGCUGAACUUAAAGGACGGCACAUUCGGCUACUCCUUCAUUCUAGCCUGGAUCGCCUUUGCCUUCACCUUAAUUAACAGCAUCAUGUACUUGAUACUUAGAAAGCGUAAAUAGGCCGCAGCAUCAGCUAGAUGAAUUCUAUCCCUACACAAACCAAAUGCAGAUAACCAUUUUGUAUAUAAUCAUUUUAAUGUGGUUGUGUAGUAAAUGGUAAUGUUUCCUAAAUAUGUACUGUUUUCUUAGCAUGUUUAACGCUAAGAAUCUGACACAUUAUACACGUAUCCUGGAAUAUUGGCCCGUCUUUGGUUAAUGGGAAAGAAUUAGAAUAUUACAAUACAUGUAUAAUGUUUUACAACUUGAACUUUUUUUAUUUUAUAUAAAUAUAUUUUUUUUGGUUGGUAGUUGUAGAUUUAACAAGUUUAUAUUGUCUGAGGGAGGGGACGGGGUAGUGGGCUGUUUUGAAAUAACACAUUUAGCAUUCAUAAGACAUCUCAAUUACCAUCUGGGAACCCUAUUUUACCUUACGUUAAUGUUUUAGAAAACAUUAAAAAAUCACAGCACAAUAAAAAGUUAUGUUCCGACAAUGUUUUCUUGGUGCAGUCAGUUCCCCCUUUACUGGUGUGCAGUGAAAUGCUCCAUAAAGAUGACUAUUGUGGGACAGUUUAUUAAACAGAAAUAGUGGGGGUUCUGACUACACAAAAGCUUCCUUGUUUCUGCUGUAAAAUGCAAAACAAUGACAAACCAACCAUAACACAUACCACAAAAAAUCUUUUAUAAUUCUCUGAAGGGAUAAAAUUGCAUUAAAUGUCUUACAAACUCAUCAAAUUUACACUAUGAAAACUUUUUGUAUACAGCAAUAGGAAUGAUUUAAAUUUCCCACGAUGCAUAGAAGGAAGAUUAGAAAUGAACUAGCCAUGCUGUAACUCAUUGGAUAUUCUUAAAUUUCAACUUUGUCUUGCAAUUUACAGAUAUGUAUUGUUGCUUUAUCAUUAUUAGACUUUUUUGCUUUUUUAUAGCCAGAUUUUACCCCUACAACUUUGAACGCUGUACAUAUAUUAAAAUGCAGAAUUUUUUUUCCUAGAUCUGUUUUGCAUGUAUGGAAAAUGGUCAUUUUAUUGUUACAAAAGAAAAACAUUGCUUUAAAAAAAA